GUAUGAAACCACAAACGCCAAAUACCAAUCUCUCUUUAGUCUUUACUGGGACUCCACCAAAGACUGGUGCCCAAGGACAAGUUAUUCCGGGACGGGGUCCGCUGCCCACAGAGCGCGCACCACAGCUCAUCUAUCCGUGCAUUGGGAGUAUCUCCCCAGUCCCCAUGACAAGUGGGGGAGAUAUCCCCCGUGCGCGGAUGGGAUGGGCAGUGGGGCGCGCUAGUGGGCAGCCGAUCCAAUCACAAUUAUGGGCUUCCACCGUGUCAUCGUCUUUAGUUCAGUCUAUGGGCCUGGGGUGGGGUGGCAGGUGCAAAUGCAGCACAGUCCUUCGUUCCCAAAGUUACUAGGCUGUUAUCUGUAUGGUAUCAUCCAACCCGAUAGACCUUCAUAUACAGCAUUCCCCCGCCCCGUGGACCGUGGUCUUUCUAUCUUCCUGUCAACGACUUUUAUUGUACAUUGAUCGUAGAAAUGAAGAGUGAAACAAUAUGAGAUGAUCACAUCGUGUUCGGUGGUUGGUUUAAUUUUCGUUGCACAAACCUUAGAUGAAUAUCUCUAGAUUACUUUCCAACUCUCACUUCCCUUUAGUCCCACCACACAUCAGACUUCCAUUGGUUUGGACCCGCGGACUCGCUGCGCACCACUCAAAUGAUCUACAUCUACCCAUUCCUACCGAAGCAUCCUCAAUUUUAGCCACCAAACUUGUCACCUCAUAUUUCCACAGGGGACGGCUUGAACAAGCACGUAAACUAUUCGACGAAAUUCCCAACAGAGACGUCGUACUAUGGACGGCCAUGAUAUCUGGAUACACUUCUCGUGGUCUUUACUCCAACGCAUGGGCCGUGUUCUGCCAGAUGACAAGCCAAGGAAUGGACCCCAAUGAGUUUACCAUAUCAAGCGUUCUCAAGGCGUGCAAAGGCAUGGAAUCUUGUUCCUGUGGGCUCAUGGUUCAUGGUUUGGCACUCAAGCACGGCCUGGAUGGAUGCAUAUACGUGGAGAACACGCUCAUGGACAUGUACGCAACGUGUUGUCCUAGCAUGGACGAUGCAUACAUGGUUUUCCGGCAUAUCCGUGAGAAGAACGCCGUUUCGUGGACUACCAUGAUCACCGGAUACACGCACAGAGGAGAUGUCUAUGGUGGACUUCAAGUAUUCAGGCGAAUGAUUCAGGAGGGUGUGGACCUGAAUCCUUUCAGCUGUUCCAUUGCAAUCAGAGCUUGUGCUUCUAUAGGCAUCCCAUCUUUCGGCAAGCAGAUGCAUGUUAUGGUGAUCAAAUGUGGUUUUGACUUCAACCUCCCUGUUGCAAAUUCUUUAUUAGACAUGUACUGUAGGUGCAAUAGUUUAUCUGAAGCAAAACGCUACUUCCAUGAAAUUCCACAGAAAGAUUUGAUCACAUGGAACACAUUGAUUGCUGGAUAUGAAAAAUCUGGUUCUGAUUGGUCUCUCAACCUAUUUUUGCACAUGCUAUCAGAGGGUCUUAGCCCGAAUUGCUUCACAUUUACCAGUGUCAUAGCAGCUUGUGCUAAUUUGGCACUUUUGAAUUGCGGAGAACAAAUUCAUGGAGGGAUAUUCCAAAGAGGACUUCAAGGGAACUUACCAUUAGAUAAUGCUCUUAUAGAUAUGUAUGCAAAAUGUGGAUGUGUAGAUGAUUCACGCAGAAUCUUUGAUGAGAUGCCUCAAAGAGACCUGGUUUCUUGGACUUCAAUGAUGAUGGGAUAUGGAACCCAUGGAUAUGGAAAAGAGGCAAUUGGACUGUUUAACAAGAUGUUGGAUUCUGGUAUCAGACCUGAUCAAAUUGUGUUUAUGGGGGUUCUUAGUGCUUGUAGCCAUGCUGGACUUGUAUCUGAAGGCUUGAAUUAUUUUAAUUCUAUGGCUACCAAUUACCAUGUAACCCCAAAUCAAGAAAUUUAUGGGUGUGUUGUGGACCUGCUUGGACGUGCUGGGAGGAUCAAGGAGGCUUAUCAACUGAUAGAGGCAAUGCCAUUCAAACCUGAUGUAUCUGUUUGGAGCGCAUUGCUUGGAGCUUGCAAGGCACAUGGAGAUUCAAAUCUUGGUCGAUUGGCUGCUCAGAAGAUUCUAAGUUUGAGGCCUAAUGGAGCUGAUACUUAUGUUAUACUAUCAAAUAUUUAUGCUGCUGAUGGUAAGUGGGGGGAAUUUGCAAAAGUGAGGAAGUUGAUGAGAGGGAUAGGGUGUAAGAAAGAGGCAGGAGUGAGUUGGAUUGAGGUAGGGAAUCAGGUAUAUAGCUUUGUAGUUGGUGACAAGGUGGGUUCCCACAUUGAGAUGGUGUACAGAGGGUUGGAAAUGCUUGUUCAACACAUGAAAGAAGUAGGGAAUGAUCUUGACUCAGAUUGCUUGUUGCAUCUAUUGGAAGAUGAGUCUUAAGAAAUUGUAAAACUUAAUUGAAUAACUUGAGAAGGUAUGGGUAGGGACCAGGGAAGAAAGAAGAGCACCUUAAGUUUUUUAAAGAAUACAACAAAAAAGGGCAGCCCAGUGCACGGCCUUACCUUUGCAAAUACAUAGAGAGGCUGUUUUCAUGAUUUAAAGAUUACAACACUUUAGUUCAUUCCCUCUAUGUCAUUAGGUAUCUCUACAAAGGUGAAUUUUUGCAAGCAAGUCAUUAGGCUUGCUUGACAUUGGAAGCUUGAAAUGGGUAGGAGGUGGGAAAGCAGAAGAAAAUUUUUACUAUAUAUAAUGCCGAUACUUGCCUUGGCUUCAUGUCCAUGUCAUAAAAGUUAAAUCAGAAUAUCAAUACUUACA